CCCUCCCCCCCCCCCCCCCCCCACAACAAAAAAAAAGCGUGGACACACAGAAGUGAAAUCUGAUCGCGUGCCAGGAAAAGCUGUGAAGCUGGAAACCCCGGAGUGACGCUCGACCUUGGCCAGACCUGCGGGCUGCGGAGCCGGGGGCGUGUGGGUGCAGCACAGCCAAGCCAUGGAGCACGCAGUGGCCCCCUGCGUCCUCUACCAGGGGACCGAGCCUGGGGCUGCGGGAGAGCCCGAUCAGCCGCCUCCGGGCGCGGGGGAGGGCGAGAGCGAGGGCGCCGCGUCCUCAGCGCAGACACCCUGCAGUCUCAGUGCGUCCCUGUGCUUCAGCUCCGGGGAGGAGUCCCCGCCGCAGUCCCGCUCCCCGGCGGCGGAGGGCGCGGCCACCUCCCCGCCCUCCAGCGGCGGCCCGCGGGUGGUGGAGCGGCAGUGGGAGGCCGGCAGCGCGGGAGCCGCGUCCCCGGAGGAGCUCGCGUCCCCCGAGGAGCGCGCGUGCCCGGAAGAGCCCGCGGCGGCGUCCCCUGAGCCGCGCGCCUGGAUUGAGGACCCCACGUGCCCCGAGGAGCCCGCGCCCGUGCCCCCGGGGUUCGGAGCGGAGUACGGGGAGCCGGACCUGGUUCUGGAGGUGUCGGGACGCCGGCUGCGCGCGCACAAGGCGGUGCUGGCGGCGCGCAGCGACUACUUCCGCGCGCGCGCGUCGCGGGACGUGCUGCGGGUGCAGGGCGUGAGCCUAGCGGCGCUGCGGCUGCUGCUGGCUGACGCCUACAGCGGGCACAUGGCGGGCGUGCGGCCCGACAACGUGGCCGAGGUGGUGGCCGGCGCGCGCCGACUGCAGCUGCCCGGAGCCGCGCAGCGCGCCACCGACGCCGUGGGGUCGCAGCUGAGCCUGGCCAACUGCUACGAGGUCUUGAGCGCGGCCAAGCGGCAGCGGCUCAACGAGCUGCGCGACGCCGCGUACCGCUUCAUGAGCGACCACUACCUGGAGGUGCUGCGCGAGCCCGCCGUGUUCGGGCGCCUGUCGGGCGCCGAGCGGGACCUGCUGCUGCGCCGCCGCCUGCGCGCCGGCCGCGCGCACCUCCUGGCCGCGGCGUUGGGGCCGGCCGGGGAGCGCGCGGGCAGCCGGCCGCAGAGCCCCUCGGGAGACUCGGACGCGCGCGGGGACGCGGCCGUCUACUGCUUCCACGCUGGGACCGGGGAGUGGCGCGAGCUGACGCGGCUGCCCGAGGGCGCGCCGGCGCGGGGCUGCGGCCUGUGCGUCCUCUACAACUACCUCUUCGUGGCUGGCGGCGUGGCGCCCGCGGGCCCCGACGGCCGGGCCCGCCCUUCCGACCAGGUCUUCUGCUACAACCCGGCCACCGACACCUGGAGCGCCGUGCGGCCCCUGCGCCAGGCGCGCUCGCAGCUGCGGCUGCUGGCCCUGGACGGCCACCUCUACGCCGUGGGCGGCGAGUGCCUGCUCAGCGUGGAGCGCUACGACCCGCGCGCGGACCGCUGGGCCCCGGUGGCGCCGCUGCCCCGGGGCGCCUUCGCUGUGGCACACGAGGCCACCGCCUGCAACGGCGAGAUCUACGUGUCCGGAGGCUCGCUCUUCUACCGCCUGCUCAAGUACGACCCGCGGCGCGACGAGUGGCAGGAGUGCCCGUGCAGCAGCAGCCGCGAGCGGUCGGCCGACAUGGUGGCCCUUGACGGCUUCAUCUACCGCUUUGACCUGAGCGGUGGCCGCGGCGAGGCGCAGGCGGCGGGGCCGGGCGGCGGGGUCAGCGUGUCCCGCUACCACUGCCUGGCCAAGCAGUGGAGCCCGUGCGCCUCGCCCCUGCGCCCGCCCGGCGCCCCCGCGGGCCUGCAGCCCUUCCGCUGCGCCGCCCUGGACGGCGCCAUCUACUGCGUCAGCCGCGCGGGCACCUGGCGCUUCCUGCCCGCCCGGGACGGCGAGGCCGGCGGCGACGCGGGCCAGGGCGGCGGCUUCGAGGCGCUGGGCGCCCCCUUGGACGCCCGCGGCGUGCUCAUCCCUUUCACGCUCCGCCUGCCCGAGAAGCCCCAAGGAGAGCAGGGCCCCGUGUAGGCCGGCGGGGUAGGCGGGCAUCUCCCUCGGGGGCGGGGGCGCUUUGAGGCCAGCGGAGGACAGGUUGGGGGAGUCGGGCCGCUGGUCGCGCUGGUCGUUUGGAUGGUUGGAAGGAGCCCCACGGAGGCCGGGCGAGGCCGCUUCCGCUUUGCUUUCCUUUUUGCUUCUCUUUGCUUGUGGGGGUCGAUGCUGUGAGACCCAGGGUGUGUGCAGAUGGGUCCCUUGACAGGACGCAGAAAAGGCUGUGGGAUCCACAGGAUGCCGUGGGUGGACGUCGUGGACCUGAGGCCCUGCAGCCGGCCCUGGGGUGUCCUGAACCCCUCAGAGCACCAAGGCUACGCCUGGAGGCCUGGGGCCCUCAAGUAGGUCGCAGCUGACUACCAGUGGAAGCGCUCAGAGAUCACGCUUUUUGACUUUGGCUUGAGAUGUAAAAUUAUAACUGAUAAGUAAAGCUCUUUCUAAUUGAGUUGAAAAGUUUGUACCACUAUGUGCUUGCUUUGGUUGGCUCAACUCCAAAAAGAGUAAUUUAGUAAGCAUUAAAGGUAAAAUAUUUGAUUACCAGUAAGGUUUAUUGACCAAUGUGAAUUGGAAGUAUUUCCUUUUCCACACCAUUGCUACUCAGACUCAAUUUCCUACAGCGGCUCCGUCUCACUGUUGGACCAACAGGGCUUUGAUAUUUUCUGUUUAAGGGAUGUUAACUGUGGUCAACGAUGUAGCGUUGAUUUGUCAUUAUUUAAAUUUUAAGUCUUCAGUGGCUAAAUGUUACCAAACAGCAUAUCAUAAGUAGGAAAAACUUUCAGGGGUGUUUGUCUAUCUAAAAAGCAGUCUUCAGUAGCCCACUCUGUAUGCCCAGCCACUUCCAUAUUUUGAAAUGAGAUAAAAUUCCAGAAAGGAAAAAUCAUUUUGUUCUGUAAAAAUCUGUAGGCACAUUUUGAACGCACUAUUUCUGAUGUCUUAAAUAUGGAUCGUGUAGUUGUGAUGAGGGAGAAUAAUUUUUACAAUCACUAUUCCAAGACAGUGCUUCAGUGACAGUGGGCAUAGUAAGGUAUAUAACAAGGAAGUGACAUGCUUGUGCACAGUAGGUUAGCAAGUAAACUGCAUGUUCUUAAUUGAAUUGAACUGCAAAAUGCCCGAAUAGAAUUAACAUGAGGCUCACUGCGUUGAUUGACAGGCUGUGAGGAUUAAAAACAAAUCAAUUGGGUCUUUCCUCAUUUAACAUUUUAUUUCUCAAGUGUGUAUAUGGAGGACUUAGAAGUUUGAGGAUGAGAUACAUGCUCACAAAUAGAGGCAAACAUUUGAACUCUGAAUCCAACCCAUUUUCUUAUUGAAAGAGGAAAAUAAAUGAAAGUUCGUGGAAUGUCACUAUAUGAAAUCAUGCCUAUUUUAACAUUAUUUGUUUGUUAAGCCAGUGAUGGGAACUGCCAUCUCUGUAGAAAUUGCUGGGUAAUUGAAAAAUAGGUUAUGCUUUUUAAGGAGUCUGUGAUUAUGAGAGGCUCAGUGAAGUGUGUUUAGAAGUGAUCAGCUUGGAUCUUAUGCAUGCUUCGGGGACUGGAAUUUAUGAUCUGGAUUAGAGUGUGUUCUGGGGACAUGUUUGCUUGCCCGUGGUUACUCAUGAACUGAGGGGAUAGAUUGGCAACUUGGUUAAUCAUCUUGGGAAAGAAAAACAGACUUCAUAUUGCCUGACUUUAUCGGCCUUCUGUAGGAGUAUACUGGAGAAAUGGUUGUAGGAACAGUACAGCAAAAGGAAACAAAUAAUGUCCAUUUUAAGCAAUGUACCAUUCACACUGUCCUGCAUUUUCCACUAGAAUUUUAUUAUUAAUGGUAGAAAUUUUUAUAUGAAAUGGGACCCGGACCAGGGUAAUAUUUUCAGUCCUUAAAGAUCAAACUCAUACGCUAUUAUCACUGUGAUUUUAGUUGUGAAAUCAUUCCUGUAAUGUUUAUUGUUUGAAAAUGAAAUGUGGAAAUUGGGCUCCAAAGUAACACCGUCCCUGGAAGAGGACAAGAGAAGUGGAUGCCGUCGGGUGGGGGCAGCUGCACCGUCACGUGCCCCCGGGAGUUCCUGUGGCUUUCCAGCAUUUCAUUUAGUGAAGGAAUGCCCACAGUAGCAUCGCACCGCUUCCUGUAGCAGAGCCCAAGGCACUCUCCAUCGCCUUUUCACAAUAAAAUGCACAAAAACCUAAAGAAUAAGAGAAAAGGAUGUAUACCAACCGUUAAAGGAUGUUCAGCCAACCUGUUUUGGAAAUACAUAGAAUAGUGUACGCAGCAUUUCUGAAUAGUAGUAUCACAUAAAAACACACAUUAGAGGACCUGCCUUGCCGUCAGCAGCGUUUUUGCUUUUUGGGGGCCAGUACCUGGGUUGUGGAGCCACUAGUGUUUGCACCCGUGAAACAAAGAGAAAAGCCACACCGUCCAAGGCUUUGAUUCCAGGACUGCUGGUGGGAGGGCAGAGGUAUUUGCUGAGACAGACUGGCAAUGUCUGAUGCUCCAGGUAGGAUCGUUUCCAAUUCGGAGUGGUGUUCUAUGUCUGCAUCCAACACUGUGUAGGAAAAAGGUUGGUGCAAAAUAUUGCUGAUCUACCCGUUAAAAGAGUCAGAUGAGGCUAGUGCCUUGAUGACAGCUAUCUACACUUCUCAUGAAAUUAACCCAUAUACAGGGGUGUUUCCAAAUGUCUGAAAGGCAGUGGUGUCUUCUGGGGAAAAUGUUACGCACAGAAGCCUGACCUUUUGCUUCAUUGACAGCAAUCCCUUCUGUAUUGCCAAUCGAGGUUCAUUUGGGAUGCAGAGGAAUGAGCUUGAGCCUUCCUCCUUUGCCUUCUGGUUUUAUUCUUCAUCUUGAGAACAGCCCUCCUCUCCACACUGCUUACUGCAGCUUUGUAGAGCUGGGAUUUGGAACUUCAGGAUUUGGUUUCUGAGUCUGUGGAGGCACUGCUUUUCCUGUAAGAAAAUGAAUGUUGUGGAAAUUCUUUGGCUACUUAACUAAAACUCAAGACUAUAUCAGUUUGGCUACAAAUACUUGAGUAAGAAAUUAAUCAUCUGCGCUGUUUCUGCUAAUAUUUGGUGUCACCACUAAUUCUGGCAGCAGCCGUUGAAUCCGUCAGUCUUAGUUAACUUGAGGUAAACCGUUUGGAAAUAGGAUGUUUUUGACGUUCUUUUGUCUUUUCCUGAAAUCAAGAUAGAUUCAAGACAUAAUCUCUUGUAAGAUCUUAGCGGAGGAAACGUAGACAAAAGGGCACUUUUGUGUUCUCAUUUACUUCAGAUGCUUUCCAACUUACAGUUUUAUUUGGGGGUUAAAAAUCAGUAAACUUUCUGAUUUUCCCCUUUCUUCUGCAAUAUUAUUAUUCAUAAGAAGAUAACACGAGCCGAAAAUGGAAAUCUGCAGUUGUUUCGUUUGCAUUGAAUUUAUUUCAGCGGCCACAUUAUUUCCACUUUUUCUGCAUGGGGAGGGAGUCCAGACUGUGCAGCCUUCAGGCACCCAGCACAGACCCUGUGCGGGCAGGUGCUUCUGACUCACUAAGUGAAUGGAUUCGGAUGGAACGGACGUAAAACAGGAGACGGGUUCUCAUGUGAGAUCAAAGCUCCUCCAAAGUGGUUCUCAAAUGUUAACAUUUGUUAAAGGUAAACCACAUGUGUUGAAGGCCAAGUUCAGGCCAGCUGUUACAAUCUGUGUAGUGAAUGUAUUUAUUAAUGCUUGAGUUGUAAAAUCCUCGGCGUAAAUAGUGCAAAGCCCUGUGUAUCUGUCAGUUCAUGCCGAGAUGAAAUAAAUCGCUCGGAAAGUGCCAGUGCC